UCCGAAUGCGAUAGAAUGGAAGGAGACUUUCUGUAUAGUCACGGUGUGUGUAGAGCGUGCUGCCUGAUUUCCUUCACAUUACAUCCUACGUUCUCAAGCAUACUUCGGAUAACAGAGACCGAUGUACCUAGGGACGAAGACGCGAUAGUCAUGGUUGGGAUGUCAUAGACCAAGGCUCAAUCAUCAACGAUUGCUUGAUCAGAACAACUGACAAACUUUGAUUCGAUUUACAAAACUAAUUAUCGGGGCGAUAUGUUAUUCUUGAUUACAAUACAUAAUAAUAUCAUUUACAGGUUCAAAGUGGAGAGCUGGCAGAAUCGUUAGCACGCCGGACUAAAUACUUAGCGUCUUUUCGUUCGUCUUGAAGUCCUGAGUUCAAAUUCCGCCACGGUCGACUUUGUCUUUCAUUCUUUUGCGGUCAAUAAAAUAAGUACCAGUCAAGCACUACUGUCAGUGUCAUCGACUUCGCCCUCCCCCAAAUUGCUGGCCUUGUGCUAAAAUUCGAAGCCAAUAUUAAUUACUGGUAAACAGAAAGUUACAGAGGCGGGACAUGUGUUUCUUGUAUAUCUUUUGAUCAAGUUGAUGAAGAAGAGAUGGAAGUUGAGAAAGAUGCUGAUGCAAAUGGUAACAGCAAAUCAGAUCAAGAUACACAGGAAACAUCAAGGGAAGAAAAACCCCCUAAAUUAUCAGAGAAAAGUGGCAGUGAUAGUGUAAUUAGUAACAUUAAAAAGGAUGAUGACAGAGAUGUAACGAGUUCAGAGACUGAAAUUGCUGAAAAGAAGGUGACUAUUAAAGUGGAAGAAAGAAGUGAAAACACAAGCUCCCAUGGGGAUACUGAUAUUUGUUCUUCAGCUGACAUAACGAAGAAAGCUGAUAUAAAUGGAAAGAAGCAAAUGCAAGAAGCUGUGAAGGAUUUUGAGGGUAAGAAACGCAGAGAGAACAUUUUGAAGUCAGGGGAUGAGAUUUGUGAACAAAAGAGACCACGUAUUCUUGAUGCCCAAAAAGUUGAACAUUCAAAUACGAGUGACAAUGAAGAAGGGAAGGAGGAUAUGGCUGCUGCUGCUGAAAGCCCUAAAGCUGAUGAUACAGAGAUGAAGAUGGAGGAUGUAGAGAAAGGAAGUAAUAAAAAAGUAAAGACCGAGAGUGAUGAUAAUGAAAAUUCUAUGGAAGUUGAUGAACCAAGUGUUGCAGGAAUAAUAAAAGAAGAGGAUGAGAGUGGCUGCAGAGGUUUAGAUCAGAAAAUUACUGUGAAACAAGAAGUUAGGAAUGUAAAAGAGGAGAUUACAGCAUCGAAAGAAGAGGUUGGUACAAUGAAAGAAGGGAAGAAUGGUAUCAAAGAAGAAAUAGAUAUGAGUAGUUUUAAGAAACAAUUAAAAGAGGAAGAUGUGAAAGAUAUAAAGCUUGUGAAUGGGAUCAAGAAACCAGAAACCAUCUACAAACUGAGCUUUGAUGCUGAAAAAUUUAUUUCAAAUCAAAUUUCCAAAAUGGAUCUUGACCAGACAAAUUUGCAAAAACUUAAUGGAAUGAACUGUCAAGUGAAAGCCACAGAAAGAAAACAGAGAGAAAUUAGCAAAAUAUUUUCUGAUUGUACUAACCUCUUAGCCAAAUUCCGUGCUACACUGGAAGCAACUGAAGCCAUAGAAUCUGAGGAGAAAGUUGGCGGCAAUGUGGAAACGGUAGAAAUCAGUGACGAUGAUGAAGUGGAAUUCAUUGAAACAACUUUUGAACCUGACCUUGUUGCGAACCGACCACAUCAGCAGUCAGCAACAAAUCCUUCCAUGACCAAUGCUUCCAACAUGGACUCACUGAGAGCAGCACUAACAGAAGCACUGAACAAACAGAUGCCUUCUCAGGUCAAUCAGUCUUUACACAAACCAUUCUCAGACGAGGACCGUAAACUGUUUGAUAUCAGUGUUGGCAGUAAGGUACUUGCUAAAAAGUUGAAUGAUAUCUGGUAUAAAGGUAUUGUUCAGGAAGUAAGCCAAAAAGAACGAUCGAAAAAGUUUAAAAUAAAAUUUGAUGGGAAAGGCACUAAAGUUCUUGGUGCUAAACUUGUUGCCUUUUUUGAGAACUGGAACAUACCUAUCAAAGUUGGUAGCAGAGUAGUUGGAAACAAAAGUUCAAUGUAUCGAGAUGAAGAAGCUAACCCUUCAACAUCUUUCUAUGCUGGUAUAGUGGCAGAAGUGCCAACCAACCGAAACCGUCACAGGUUCCUGAUAUUUUUUGAUGAUGGCUAUGCCCAGUAUUGCCUCCCCAAAGAGAUACACCGUGUCUAUGAACAGAGCAAAAAUGUUUGGGAAGAUAUCCAUCCUGACUCUCAAGAAUUUAUCAAGGAAUAUUUGGCCCAGUAUCCAGAACGACCAAUGGUGCAGCUUCAGAAAAACCAAGUUGUCAAAACGGAGUGGAUGGGAGAAUGGUGGACAGCUAAAGUGGUCGAGGUUGAUGCCAGUUUAGUGAAAAUGUAUUUUUCUGCUGAUAAAAGGACAGAAUGGAUUUACAGAGGAUCAACAAGAUUGGAACCGCUCUUUUCAGCUUUGGCCCGGGCUGAGACGAACAAGUUGACUGGUUUUAAGAACAAGCGGCAACGCCUUGUAGCUGCUUCCAGAGGCAACAAACCAGUUGUAGAAUAUACUCGUGCCCAAACAGUCGAGAUUGAUGACGAAGACACGCACGUUGCAAGUAAAAUCUCCAGAACCCAACAUGGACCUGACCAGAAAAAGAGGUCAGUUGCUAAGAAGAGCACAACAUCUAACAAUAACCAAAAUGGAACUGGUGCAAACUCUUGGGAAGCACCUUGGCUGAAGAUGCAACGGAAUCCAAAAUCAAGCAGUGCAUCAGCCGAAAAGAAAAGAGAACAAUACCAGACCAGCAGUAUUAGUAGCCACAAACAAGGAAGGGACAUGGCAAGUGUCCUCCAAGAGAGAUUGGCUGCACAGACAGAUGGAGAUCUUGAUGAAGAUGCCCUUGGGGAGAGAAUCGACAUUGAUAAUAUUAUUUCUCCUCGGAACAUGUUGAGAAAGAAACUCAUUCCACAUGAAUGUUCUCCUGAAUGUGUAAAAGAUUGCGAAGACAAAGACUUUCACAUCAAAUUCCGUGGCCGUAACAUGUUGCUUGUUCCUACUUUGUGUGGUUGGGAGAGGCAAGUGACCAAAGUACGACCCAGUGCCAAAAGAAUAGUGAUCUACAGGGGUCCCUGUGCACGACGGAUGCGUAAUUUGGAUGAAGUUGACAAAUAUUUAUUAGCAACUAAUUGUAAUUUGUCUAUUGAUUUAUUCACUUUUGAUCCCAACCUCCACACCCAUACUGAAUUUGUACCUAUCAAGACUUUCUGUGAUAUCAAAGAUAUUUCAUAUGGUAAAGAAAAUGUUCCAGUGUCUUGUGUGAAUGGUAUCGACCGGCAGUAUCCUGCCUAUGUAGAAUAUUCCACUAAGCGGUAUCCUGCCAAAGGAGUACAUCUUAAUUUAGACGAGGAAUUUUUGAUUAGCUGUGAUUGUACCGAUGGCUGUCGGGACAGAACUAAAUGUGCAUGUAUUCAGAUGACAAUUGAAGCCACCACAGCCAGUCCGGGUGGCCAUGCAGAUGAGAGUGUUGGCUAUAAGUAUCGACGUUUGAGUGAACCAAUUCUAACAGGCAUUUAUGAGUGUAGCAGCCGAUGUAAAUGUGACUACAGAUGUUUCAACAAAGUUGCACAGAAUGGCCUGCAGUUGCGACUACAAGUGUUCAAAACAGAAAAACGGGGCUGGGGUCUGCGCUGCUUGGACGAUAUUCCAACUGGUGGCUUUAUUUGUAUUUAUGCUGGUCAGUUGUUGACAGAACAAGGAGCCAAUGAGGAUGGCCAGCAGUAUGGGGACGAAUACCUUGCAGAGCUUGACUACAUUGAAGUGGUUGAGAAACACAAAGAAGGUUAUGAAAGUGAAGUUGUUGAUCUUGAUGAUGCGGAGAGUACCUCCUACUCUUCACUCUCCUCCAAUAGCAGCAGAUCUUCAAACACUGCAGAUCAGGAUCAUUCUGAUAAGAAGACAACUGAAAAUGGCAGUGAAGAAAAGCUGGGGAAACUCGUGUUAAAGAGAGAAGCCAACAAAGAUAAAGAGUGGUCUGUGAAAAUCCAAGGUUCGUCUCAGCGUACUGCUGAUUGGGUGGACAGUUUGAAUAACGAACCAAUUGUUAUUGAUGAUGAUGAAGAUGAGGAAGAGGAUAAUACACAAACGACCAAGUCUGACUCCUCAGCUCCAACCCCGAUUCCAGCCACAAAGAGAGGCAACAUCUUCACUAUAUUAGAAGAGAAGAAAGAACCAACGCCAAAUGCUGAUGAACUGCCAGAUUUGGAAGAAAAGCUUCCUGGUCUUGCUCUUCGCAAAUGUACCAGAUCUACAACAAGGUCCAGAUUCAAGAACCUUCCAAACCCAAAAGAUGGAAAGAACCCGAGCAAAGAGAGGAUUGAAGAAAGGGAGCAACGACCCAGUACUCGUUACUACUUCAAUGAUGGUCAGCUGUGCUAUGUGAUGGAUGCUAAAUCAAUGGGAAAUCUUGGCCGUUUCCUAAAUCACAGUUGUUCUCCAAAUGUUUUCGUUCAAAACGUGUUUGUUGACACACAUGACCUGCGGUUCCCUUGGGUGGCAUUCUUUGCUGGACAGUACAUUCGAGCAGGAACAGAACUGACCUGGGAUUAUAACUACGAAGUUGGCAGUGUUCCCGGCAAAAUCCUUUAUUGCUAUUGCAGUUCAGCUGAAUGUCGAGGUCGGCUCUUGUAGAGUCAAAUCUAUUUUUAGGACAUCAAUCUUGGCAAUGUUUUUGCCGUAUGAACUCUUUGCAGAGUCAGUCACCAUUGAUUACAUUGAAAGUUCCAUUUUUAUGCCAACUGGUAUCAACACACACACACACUACUAAAACUAGAAUUUGGUCAGAAGAGCCGAUUGGAUUAACGUUUUGAAGAUCUGCUGCUAUUGGUCAAUUAAAAAUAAACUUCUUCAUUUCAAUUGAUCACAUAAUCUGCGCUCUGAUGGCCUCACCAUUUGACUGACCAUAGUGCUGACAACUCCAUGCAUUUAAAGACAUUUCUUGUGUGGUCAAUUUGGAGGAGAUUCUUAGGAACUGAUUUCAAAAAUUCCAUUUUGUUUGUAACUGUUGUUAUUGGGAUCCAAGGAAGAGCAAUUAGAAAAACCCAAAAAGCUAUGACUUUUUAUUAUAGAAAGAAUAGUGCCUCUUAUGCUGGUAUUUGUACAAGUGUGUGUGUGUGCAUGUACACAUUACAGAAACUCCCUUUCCAUUAUUGGCCACCACCAUCAGUCAUACCUUGUUUGUUAUUUAUUUUCUUUUUUGGUUUAUUUGGCAAUGUCUCAUUGGAAGCAGGAUUUAAGUAAAGACCGUACAUGCAAAAUUGAUAAACUACCACUUUUAGCUGAUGUCAACAAAAUUUGGAAACAUUAACUUUCUAAUUUGUUGCUAUUUAACCAAAAACCCAUUCACAUCAGAAUCAAUGAUAUUUUACUUUUCUCUUUCACAGACCCAGCAUGUUACGAUUGGUCUUUGGAAGUUUUGAUCUCUUAACACCCUUAUUGGUUAUCUUGCCAACUUGGGUGGAUAAAAAAAAAACAACAAAAAAACCCUUUCAUGA